AGCUCGCAACACACAGUGCUCGAGUAGUUGAAGGAUCCCAUUCAUAUACAAUUCUUUUCAUCCGCUCCUUGAACGAAUAAACUCAAGUCAAAUUCUCCAUCCACAAACUAGUCCUUCAAAACACGCCAAAGACACGGAUCAAUCAUGUACAUCCCCCACACCCGCUCCAACCCGGUCCCACUCCCACCACUCCCCGUCCGCCCUACAACUUCACCGACGACCUACACCGAGACGUUAACGGAUGCCCUCGAGUUCCUCAUCACGGUCUAUCUCCUCUGGGCGGCGGGAUAUCUCGUUUACUUGGCUGGGUGCUUGGUGUGUUUGAUUUGGGAGAUGGGUGCUGCAGGGGGUUCGAGGGGAAGGAUGGGAGUGAGGAGGGGGGUAGAUUUGACGGUGUUUCCUACGCUACAGGAGAAAUUUGGAAAGAUGGGAAAGUACGAGGAUGAGUACAACGGUGGAGGAUACAAGGGGAAGAGGCCGAGGAGAACGACGUGCUAGUCGCGUAGACCACUGUCGCCGAGUUUCGCCGCGUGUUU